AUGUCGUACUCGCACAUGUCUCCGCCAGUGCCGGCGCUGAAGCCACCGAGUCCCUAUCCGCCUUACAGUCCCAACAACGCCGCAUCGCCCACCGCACAGUCGCCCUAUGCGCCGCCACCGGCCAAGCGACAGCGACUUUCGCCUGGACCAGGUCCAAUGUCUCCUCCGAAUGGAUCACCAGCAUAUGCCCAUGCCCCGCACGGUCUGCCGAAUGGGUCGAGUUAUGGAAACCCGUACGCGAACCAGCCUGUGCAAUCGCCGUACAGCCCUGCAUCUUACGCUGGCUCUCCGCAAAAUUCCUUCAAUACCCCACAGCCUUACCAGGCGCCGCAGCAGCAGAUGCAAUGGCAGCAACCUCAAGGCCAAGGGCAACUUCAGCAGAGGCCGGCACAGACCAGCCCGGGGCCUCCGAACGGCGCAGGCAUGAUGCCACCGCCGCCGCGACCCAAUAAAGAGGACAGGGAUGAGAAGGUGGGUGUGGAAGACAUUGGAGACAGUUUGUUCGGCAGUGGCAUCAAUCUGAAAGACGAGGAGAACUAUCUGCACAACACGUGGAACAACAGGCUGGGGAAUGAAAGCUUCGGCACGGUGCAAUCCACGUCAUUUGGAUCAAGCAACAUGAGUCCAAACGGCAGUUUCAACAUGCUCACCCAAAGUACAUCAUUUGGCAGUCAAGGCCAGAACCCCGCGUUCGCUGGUACCUUGAGCCAGCCUCGCUCACAGGAGCAGAUUGAGGCUGAGUUACGCCAGAAACGCGAGGCUGCAGCGAGGAAGCUCGCAGAGUUCCAACAGCACCAUCUCAACAACCAGUUCUUGUCGGGAAACUGCUUACGGCACCGAUUGCACAAGCGCGCGACUGAGAAUUCUGUACGUCUUGACACUACCGGUGUUUAUGUGAGAAAUCCUCAAGUGCAGCCCAAAGUUCGAGUGGCUUUAGAUGGCAAUGCUAAUGAAGGCAUUGUGGAGGCCAAAGCAGAGAGCAUGAUUGAAGCCGGCGUUAACUACGAGCAAAUUCUGUCCUUGAUCAGCCUCGCGACUGGCGAGCGACUGAGAGGACUGAUGAGCGAUGCAUUUGGUCUGGCACGUGCAAGACGGUACGGCGACCACGGCCGAGUUGUGCCACCUGAAUUUGCGGACAUCGCCGUGGGCCAGGGCGAGAUGAGUCAGGACAGCGUUGUUCGAGAGAACGUCACAGACUCGCAAUGGGAGCAGACGGGAGAGCUGCCGGACGGGAGUGGAGACGCGGCUACCCACAGCGAGAAAGAAUCUUCUCUAACCGUGCAGACGGUGGCUUUCCCCGGCACGAUCAACGCGCAUCUUCGCGAGCUUGCAUCAAUCGAUAAGCAAGCAGAGAAGGAGCGCGCAAGAAAGCGUGAGGCUCGCAGACGCAAGCUUGCUGCAGAAGGCGGAGACGAGGGUUUGCCAGCUGAUCUUGCUGCCGAAAUGCUGGCUCAAGCACAGGCAGCGCCUGCAAAAAUGACCAAGAAGGAGCUUAACAAGAAAGCAAAGGAGAACAGUACCGAAGCACAGGGCGUCAAACAAUCCAACCAAACAGCCGCCUUGGCCUUGGGCAAGAAAAACAGAAACAAGUACUCGUGGAUGACAGGUGGUGCUGCCGAAGUGCCCGUGAAUCGGUUCGCCAAAGACACCAAGUCAUCUACUCCGGCUUCUGGCACAGCAACUCCAAUGGUUGAUGCUGGCAGUGCUACAUCUCUCCCUGUUGCGGCGCCCAAAGCGGAGAAGAUGCCCACAUGGGGUGACUGGAGAGAAGAUAACAUCAAUGGCAAGGCGAUUCAGCUGCGCGAUUGGAUUCGUAUCCUUGACCGCGAUGGCAAGGAGAAGAAGGCGUUACAAUCAGCUUUGAAUAAGCUGAGCUGA